AUGGCAACGAUUGCAGAAAUGUCCCUCCAAGACCUGAGUCCAUCGUCCCCGCAAUCAGGCACCCAAGCGGCAUCAUUUCAGUCAGGGUCGCUUCAUACGCCGAUCGCAACACCCUCACCCGCAUCACCUACGCAAGGAUUGUCUCAAGCAGCAAAUACUCGACCACCGACACCUACAACAUCGCAAGCAGUAGCGCCUCAGACCCAGCAAACUACCGGCUUUCCACCAACGCCUAGCUCUCCAUCAACUCUUGAUCCCUCACAGGAUGCCUUACAAACAGCACCCACGCCCACCAGCAAGUCCAGGCGAAAGGUAUGGAAAAAACGACUCAAUAAAACCUUGCCCUGGAUAGGCCUCGUCGUGACCAUCAUUUUCGGUGUGCCCGCCUACAAUUUCCUUUUUGGGAGUACGGACAAACAAGCGUUGGCUCUACAAGUCUGGAGUGCCGGCAAUGAUCAACGGAUGAGCUGCUGGGCAGACUGGGAUCACGGAGUGUUUAGUCAGAUAUGUAACGACACACUCACUCGUCCAUCCACUGCGCCACCGGUCAAGAGGGCAGAGGAAUCGCAAGAACGAAGUCUCUUCGAUUUCUGGUGCAGUUACAUCACAGUCCUGGUAGUCUCGACGGUAUUGCCUUUGAUCGGCUUGUAUCUUUCCGAAGGCCGGGCUCCGCAUCGUCACGAUGGCCCUGCGGCGACCUGGGGCGACUACUAUCACCGAAUCAAGACCAGAUUACCCUUCUCGCGUCCCAUGUGGCUCCCUUCGAUGCCAAAGGUGACUUCCAGGUCGGUGUUUGAAUAUGAUCGUACUGGCCAUGGCGACGAUGGCGGUGUGUUGGUGUGUCAUGGACAGUUCAUCGAUACGCGUCGGUGA